AUGUCACAACCACAAAGUAAGUAUUAUGAAUUUAAAGCCAUGCAUGGCUUUGUAACCAUGAACUUCGCACCGGCCCAAAGAGUACCCAGUAAAGAGACAAUAAAGAGUGCCAUCGAACAAUGGUGCUCCACAAGAAAUAAGCAGGCGCAUAUUAAAUACAUCGCUAUCGGGAAGACCACUCAAGGAUCCAACAAACACGUGCACGCAUUCUUCGAGCUAGAAGAAGUAGCACAUACAAGAAAAAGACCCUUUGCAGAUUGGGGAGAUAUAGACAUAGGAAAAGCACUUAAAAUGCCAGACUUAGAAGAAGCCCAUGCAUUCUUAAAAAAUAUCAGCUUAAAAGGAUACAUGAAUAAUGUAUCUAAGUUUGAUAGUGUAUGGGCUCAAGAACACAGUAGAGACACUACCAAUAGAAUAAAAAUUAAAUUACAACCAUGGAAAGAAGAUAAUCCGGUUGUAAAGAAUAGUAGAAUAUGGCUCAAUUCAGCAUUAAGCGGAAGAACCAAAAGAAUUAAAACAUUGGUAAUUGUGAGUGAUACUAAAAUGGGGGAAAACAGAAUUUGUCGUUUUAUGAUGGACGGACACAAUGAAAGUUUAAAAUAUGACAUUAGACUAUUCGAUGAUGCAAAUUUAAAUGAUAUUAUUUGGCCUGAAUUUAAGUCAUUAAUUAGUACAAGAGGAGAACAAAUCACAAUUAAUGUGAAAUAUUCACACGCAAGAAAUUCAGUAGUACUAUUUACUAAAGAGAAAUUAUUCAAGGAGCCACCACCUAAACCACAAGUAGAACAAAAUAAGAACAAAUAUGAUGGUUUAGAUCCAAAAUUGGUAGAAAUGUUACUAGAAAAUGAAGUAGAAGAAGACGUCGAAUUAGAUGAUAUGGGAGAUGACACAGUAGAUGAUUUAGAUGAUGCAGUAUACCAAUUAGAACAAGAGAGUCUACCUCCUCCUAUAGUAUUAGAUCAACCAAUUAUAGAAGAAACACCAUCAAAAAGAGUAGUUACAGAUGAUCACGAAAUGCAGAAGAGAUUCUUUGACUUAACGAAGAAUGUAAUAACAGAAGAAGGAAAUAAUAAAUAUAUCACUGUACAAAGUGGAAAGAAAAUAAGAAUAGCUGAUGAAGAUAGUAGUGAAAUAGAAGAAAGUGAAGAUGAUCCAGAUGCUUUAGUAAACAAUUGGAAUACAGGUAAUUUUUAA